ACCCACGAUGCUUCUGCAAGGAUGUAGCUGUCAGCUGGACGAACUUAACAGAUGUGACUUAAGGUGUACACACCAAUUUCAGGAUGUCUGAACAUGGAGAUGGAGAUGCAGAAGCGAGCUCGUCUGCCACUUUCAGACCAUCAUAUGCUCUGGGUCGAGGACUGCCAGGCCGAAUAUCACUGAAUCCACCUCCACCAGGCAGACUGACUUCUCUGCGCUCCAGAGAUCUGACUCUGGGUGGCUAUAAAAAGAAAACCUUUGUUCCAAAUGUUCACUCUGUUCGCAAAACUAAAGAUGAGUUACAGAAGGAGACUCGCAUUGCACCAAAGAAAGAGAGAAGAGAGAGGGAAGACAGACAAAGAGAGAGACGGCGGCGAGAAAAGCCUCAGACCAUUCAGUCUCACUCCAUCUUUGAGCAGGGUCCAGCAGACACCUACAGGAAGUUAGGUAACUGGAGCGGCUCUACCCUGAGUGACUGUGAUACUACACUUGUCACAAAAUGCAUUAAAAAGGAAAAGAAAAAUACUGAGGAUGAUGAUGAUGAUGAAAUUUUACAAAAACUCCAACGAGAUGAUUUUUUGGAUGAUCCUGGAUUAAAAAAUGAUCCCAAGCAAAGACCAAUCAGACUUCCAUUCUAUCAAGCAUGCAACUUUCUGUCAACAGAUGCAGCUAGUUCAUUUAAAGAAGAGACAGCGUCUGAUAAAGCACUGAAAUCAGCCAGAGCUAAGCAGACAUACCCUGUGCCAGGGAGGGGCACGCCUGCAUGCCCACAGCAGCCAACGCUUGGAGAACUGUUUCAACAGCUGACUGUUUCAGAUAAGGAAGAACUACUGUUUAUUCAACUUCCUGAUACCAUACCUGGUCAACCUAAAACCUCGAGCCCAGAGAAAACCAGAAAGGAUGGCAAGACCGAAGACAAGCGCUCAUCCCAAAUUAAAGCUCUUGAUCAGCCCGAUAAAGCCGCUGUACCUAUGCUGUCUGACUUCUCAGAGGGCCUGAUUGGAAAACUGCAAAUCAGAAAGUCUGGUAAAGUCCAACUGGUCAUGGGAAAUGUUACAUUAGAUGUCUCAGAGGGAGCGGCCUUCUCUUUCCUACAGCAACUUGUUUGUGUGCAGAUGUCAGAAGGCCUGACCGGGGACAUGACUGUGCUCGGAAACAUCACACACAAGCUAGUGUGUUCACCUGAUUUUGAGACUUUACUGCAAGAAGCCAAACUGCCAUCUGACCCCAGCUCGGCUUCCAAGUCCUGAUUUUAUCCCUCAAGAAUAUUUUAAAUUAUUAUGUAAAUAUCUUUUAAAUGUAAAAGUUUUAAAUGUGAAGUUUCAUGUCCUGAGUUGACAACUGCAUUAUAAGAUAAUAUUCAACGUAAAUCUGAGGCCACUUGAUUUGUAUUUAAAGGGUUAGUUCACCUAAAAUGAAAAUUGUCAUUUAUUCACCGUUUAUGCUAUAAAAGAGAAAUUUUGAAAAAUGUUCAAGAUGCUUUCCCCCCAUACAGUGUACAUUUGCACAUUUUGUGAUUGAGGCAUUGCAUAGAAAAGAGCAGCUUAGACAUUCUUUAAAA